GAUAGCGCUUUGGGAUGGGCGGGGGGCUCGCUGCAGACCCCGCUGCUCGUUGAGGAAUUGGAUGGUAAUACUUGUUUUCAUGACAGAGUCUUCAAAAUAUCAUAACACUAGAAAAAAGAGUUGGAGAGCCACUAGAUUUAGCGAGAAACACUGGUAACACUGCGGUGUGUGCUGAGCCAGUAAUAGGCUAUGGGCCAGAGGCCAGAAUUUCAGUAUAUAGUACACCUCAGGGUGGCAAAGGUUCAUCAUGAUUUUUGAAAAGACAUAUGUCUGUAGAUUAUAUUUUUGUAUGAUAACUUUUCCAGGUGCCCAGCUAAUUGAUCAUCAGAUCAUGAAGUUAACCACCCCUUAAGUAUCAUUUUAAAGGGGACCCUUGUGGCUUUCAUUUCAGCCUAUAUGUGUUCAUCUUAGACCAACACGGAAGUCACUAGAGCUCUUUAAAGAAAAGAAACUAUAUCAUGUAGGCGAAAAUUGCAGGAAAAUGUGUAUUUUUUUGUGAUUUAAGGAGCUCUAGUGACUUCCGUGUUGGUCUAAAAAACAGUCGUUUUUCUCUUUUUGAUACUCGUUUCCAAACGUUAUAACCAAUUACCAAAAGAGACACGGACCGGAGGACGCACUCUUAUUGGUCCUCUGUUGACCAAUCACAGCAACUUAAACACGUAACUAGUAUAAACAAGGAAGUGAUUACAAAUCCGCAGCGCUGCUAUAUUUCGGUCAAUUUGAGGGCUUUGUUUCUCAGUAAAGACACGGCAAACGACGGGAAACUUAUGUGAAGUACUUUCGGCGACUCAUUCAUACUAAAGAGGACACGAUGUUGGUGACUGAGACAAGGUAAAACGGAUGUUUUUCUUUGGAUAAGUCCUUCAGUGCUCGACACGGUAUGGCUCUGGAUGACUAAACUCAGUGUCUGCCACAGAUGAUACCUAAAGAUAACUUAAUUGCCAUGUAGAAAUGCCUUCUUGUAAAUGCAGUUAAUUUUCUAAGCGUUUCGGGCUAGCUAAAGUCAUGAAUGUUUGACACGUAUCGUACAGUCACUAUUACAGCUUAGACGCAGCUUCAAACUCACCUGUGAAGUAACUUUCAGGAACUCGGUCCCCACCCAUGAUCACCGCUCCAAGACCUGUCAGAUCUGCACGAGAUUAUACAGACAUUUAAUCAAACACUUCCAGAUUGGUCAAACCUUUAUCCCUUUAGUGGAAAUGGAAUACCUGCUUGGAUCAAUGCAGUGAACUACAAUGGACCAGAUCAUGAUCCAGAGCAGAACACGUACCAGGUCUGGACAAGAUCAUCCCAGAGAGUCUCUUAGUAAUGUGAAACAAAAAUCUGGAUCUUUACCAGGGGUGUGCUUUGGCUUUUUGGGAGGAAGGGGCAAAAGAAUGAAGGGCACCUCAUAUAUUGGGGGGCACAUGCACAUGAAAGUAAUGAUCAUUGAGGAUUUUCCGUUGCUUUCCAUAAUCAAAAAGAAGCUGCACAACAGACUAAAUUCUAGUCUGCACUGGCCUUUGAAUGGUGUUUUAUUUACAGGUAAUCCACUGGAAGAGCUUUCAGUGUGUAAUUUGUUUACAUUUUAAUUACUGGGAGGUCUGCCAUUGGGGCAUCUUGUUUCAUUUAACCUACUGUAAGGGCACCCAGAGGGUACACUGUUUGCAUUUUAUCUACUGGAGGGGCCUCUACAGUGCACUUUAUAUAGAUUUCAUCCACUGUAAGGGCUUGCAGAGGGUACUUUGUUUAUAUUUAAUCUACUUGUAGGGCUUCCAGAUAACACUCUAGUGCUAUGUGUUUAGUGUUAUAUACUUCCUGAAAAUGAAUGAGGAUGUGUAAGCCUGCUCAUAAACAAUAGGGCCUGCAGAGCUCAGUCAUACACCACACCUUUAACCAUUGAAGAUUUCCUUUAGUAAUUGCAUACGGAGGUUUGGAGUCAUGGGCUAGUGACAAAAAUAGAAAGGGAUGAGAGCUAUUUUUGUAACUUGAUCAAUAAGUUUAUAUCAUGGUAAGCCCCGGAAGUAAAGUUAAGCACAUUAACUCGAGUACUUUGCUUGAGCAACAGUUUCUGACACUUGUACCACUCUUGUUUCUGUGAAAAGCUUGUUAAAAAGAAGUGCUUAACGAUUAGCUCUGAGUUCCGGCUUUUAUGAUGAAUGAAAACAGAAUGUUGUCAGGUUUUUUACAUCAGAUCUGUCACCUACUUUAACAAGUUCAUGAGACUAAAUAGAUAAGCUGACACGAAACAUGAAAAUAUUGUUUUAUCGAUUCAAAGAUUAACUAUUUACACAACUAACAAAGUUGUUAAGCAACGACAGUAUCAACUUGCACUUGCUGAUGGGUGAUAGAAACAUUUGACAUCAUUACUCUUCACGUUACUCAAACUAACAAAUUUCCCCUCAUGAAUGAAUAAAGUUCUUUUUAUCUGUCUUUUGAAUGAUGCAUUUCAACCAUAGACUGUAUAUACUAUGGACAACCUGGUUUCGGAUUUUAUACGGAUUUGAGGCCAAAAAGCUCUCGGUAUUUCCGGGAUUUUUCUUCAUUUCCUGACACCAGCGCUGUGCAGUAGCGUUGUGCGCAUUCGGCCGCGCAGUCGCUGACAGUCACUGUGAUGACGCUCGGUUAAAACAGUGUAUCCGCCGGAAGAGCUACUCAAUCCCUGAACGCCCAUAGGCUGUAUCAGGUGUCAAUCAUAGCAAACAUGAAGCCCCUAAUAACUUUUAAAAAUGGAGCUGCACAGAAAAAAGAGGACUUGAGCAUAAACCAGUCUUACAAUAACUACAUGAUAACAUCACAACCAGGGAGGAGAAAAAUUUAUGUUCUGUGUAAUACAUUUCUAAAGUUGGUCCACAGCUCCAUAAGCUUUGCUGGCGGAGGCGGGAUUUAUGACCUAUACUGCAGCCCAUCAACAGAGGGUGCUGUUCUCGGAAACUGAAAGCAAAUCAGUUGGAACUCCUAAAAAGUGCUAGUGCUAUUACAUUAACCAGGGAUCCUUAGCUGACAGCUAGUAAUCAAACUUGCCUCAGAGUAAAUGCAGACCAUAAUGUACCAGACACUUUUCUUGGUGCACUCCUGCAUAUCUUUUCAUCUGUUACUGUGUUAUCCUCUUGAGAAAUAAAACUCAAGUCUGUCUAAUACAUCUAAAUCCUGAUUUCAGACCACAUGAGUGUAGCAGGGCAGCAUUUAUUUCAAUCAUCAAUCCAAAAGUCAAGAUCAAAAAGUACGUUUCAUUGCAGUAAUUUGAUUCUCAAAGAAAUUUGUAAUACAGACUUAAAACUGUUCCUUUGUUCACAACUUUUCAAGUCAACAUAAGUGGAAAGUUCCCCACAGUUUGACAGCCAUCAUAUAAAAUCUCCUUCACUUAUUCAGAAUGCAAACAUAAUAAUAUAUUUAACACAGUGUCGACAGGCUGAAGUGAAAUGUGCUGGAGUUUUUUUCCGCUGAUAGAUUUAAGGGAUAUGUUUAGGAGUGAUCACAGAUGUCAUGGGGUUAAGAAUGAGGUAUUUAACACAGUUAGAUAAUAAGUUAUCCAGAUGCUAAUAAUAAAACAACAAUAGGGAUUUGUUGUGAAGCCUAAUUAUAUAACUAAGGUCAGAUGUGAGCCGAAGACUUCACCUAAUGUUUGGACACACACUUUUGGAGACAAUUGUACAGUUUGCUCUCUGUAGGUCAUACACGCUUUGAAUUCUGAACCAUAAACUUUGGCUGAAAUUGUGUUGAUAAUUUACUAUUUGCACUUAUUUGAGCCUCAAGACUGUCAUGAAGUUUAAAUUGAACAAACUUCUGAUACUCUUAGUACAAACUGGUGAUAACUUCUGUUCUUCAGCUCCAGUAAAACUAAAGUAUUUUUAAAUUGCAGUUUAAUUUUGGAUCAAAAUUUUAGCAUUUUUCCAGACUUCAAAAAAAUCUGAGUGCUUUUUUUUCCCACUAUUGACUACACUCUGAGAUACACCACAUCAUAGACCAAUACUUCUACCAGUGUUUCAGUGAAAGGCUCAGCGCCUGUCACAGUAAUCCUGUGUGUGUACUAAUGUGAAGUUUAAGAGGUAUUUAAGAGGUCCCAGGCCCAAUAAGGGAGAGGGCGGUUUUGCAGCUCCUUUCUGCUGCAACUGCGUGAACAUAUCUGAAAUUCCUUGAGUCACUUGGUGCAGUCACAUGGCUCCUUUCUUUAGUUACCCUGAUAGAGAAUCAUUAACUUUGCUGCGGCUAAAAUUAGCCCAUCAGAUUAAGAGCUCCACUGGAUUUAAGACUGAAAAAUGUCUUGAGCAUGACAGUGUCAUCCAUCAGGGCUCUGUAUAAUGUUGUUUCAUGUUCUCUUUAUUUCUGCACAGGCUGCUAUGGAGAUGAGAAGAACUUUCUCGCACUUGUUAUGAAUCCCAGCUUCUUGUCAGAGGGCUCUGAGGGCCAGUCCCUUGUUGACGACCCCAUAGAGGAUUGGUUCUUCCUCCCCUCUGAGGUUAACGGGCCUCAGAAACUGGAAGAGAGCCUAGUGCACCAGGAUGCAGAGGACAAAGGCAAACUCAAAUCCAAGUUGGUCUCAGCAUGGAACAGUGUCAAAUACGGUCUGUUUUACCACAUCAUUGACAUCAUAACUGAUCAGCAUAAUAAAUCAUAUGAUCACCACAAUCUUAGGUUUAUAAAAGGGUAUCCUAGGGGAAGCUAGCCUAAAGAAUAUAAUCAAAGUGAAUCUGUGGGAGCCUGGCUUGUUUAUGGUUUAUAGGCUUUUGAUGGAAAUGAAGCAGGUGUCUGCUACUCUUCAAAACAAGGAGAUGCAGUUUCAACAUGUAGAAGAAAAAAAGCAAAGACUGCUUUAUAAGAGCUUUAAUGAAUCACUUAACAAAAGCAUCUACAAGGGCUCUCACUCUGUUUUUAUAGGUGUAACAAUAAUGACCCCAGACACACUGGCUGAGAGUCACCAGUUAACACAGUAACUCAUAAAAUCAAAACACCUGCCAUCACGUUGCUACCUCUCUGUGUCUGUGACACCUUUGCAACAUGAGUGGCUUUUUUCAGCUACUGGACUUUCUCCAAAGUCAGUGUGUUGAUUUAAUUUCCCAGAACAUAUUGAAUUUCUCUCUUAAUGAAAAAAAAAAUACAUGUACAAUGCAUGUACACUGUAUGCUUGCUGUUUAAUGUUGUUUGACAGCUGUUGAAUAGCUUUAAACUGGCCAAACUUAUUUUUUAGAUCUGCAAUUGUUUUUUUUGUUUUUUCUGAUUACAUAAUGUUAUAUGCAUAUUUUAGCAUUAACAACUGUGAUUUUUGCUCUAUUUGCUGUCAUGCUUUGUUGGAGAAUGUGAAGAGCCACACAUUUCAGCAAAUUGAAUAGGACAGGUUCAAGUUGCACUCUGAGUGUUUAGACUGGUCGGUCAGUUUGAAUUAAAAUUUCCAUGUCAUUAAUUCGCUUUCAUGUUUAAUCUUUUCAUGUUGAAUAAAAAUAUAAUUUGCAUAAUUUUGCUACAUGACUCUAAUCCAGAUCUUUCUAUCUGAUUGUAACCAUGUGAGAGGAACAGCCCUUUGCAGUUUUUCUUGUGUGUGAGAUGAAUUUACUCAUCUCUCUCCUUAUUGCAUCAGGCUGGUCCUGGAAGCAGAAAUCCAAAUUCAGCAAAAGCUCUCCUGUUAUCAUGCUGGGAAAGUCCUUCGAGCUCAAGGAUCAAGGUGAGGCUCUGAGCAGAGGUUAUUCGUGCGACCUUAUAUUAUUUUCAACAUUCAGUUGAAUGAAUUUAAGCAUUUUAACUGUUUCAGAAGAGAGAGAGCGCUUCCGCUGCUCCUUCACGUCACUCCUGUGGUUGACCUACAGACGGGGUUUCCCUCCGUUACCGGGCGGCUUUCUGACCACUGACAGUGGCUGGGGGUGUGUCCUGAGAACAGGCCAGAUGCUGCUGGCACAAGGACUGCUGCUUCACCUGAUGCCACCAGGUGACGAUACUGAGCACAAAUUUAGUCUGAUACCUGAACAACUUUUUCCUUUUUUUUUAAUAGUAAGAAAAAUGAGAGGAGAGAGAGUCAAUCAAUCAAUCAACUUUAUUUCCAUAGCACAUACAAAUAAAAAAUGCAAAGAACAAGAUAAAACAAGCAAGAAUACAUAAAUGCAGAAAUAGAUAAAUAAGCAGGCUCAUGGCAAGUGCUUUGGGGAUAACAGACAAUAUAACUCUACAGUGUGUUAAAAGCCAGGGAGUAAAAGUGCAUUUUUAAGAGGGAUUUAAAAACCGCAGACGAAGAGGCCUGUCUAACUGUCAAGGGUAACUUGUUCCAGAGCUUGGGAGCAGCUGCAGCCAACGCUCUGUCACCUCUGUGCUUCAGCUUUGUUUUGGGGACUGUCAGCAACAGCUGAUCAGCUGAUCUUUGGGGUCGGGGUGGGCAGUAAGGCUGGAGCAUCUCAGCGAUAUAUGGUGGAGCAAGGUUGUUCAGGCCUUUAAAAACAAAUAUUAAAAGCUUAAAACUGAUUCUGUACUGUACAGGGAGCCAGUGUAAGGACGCCAGGAUGGGGGUGAUGUACCCACGCCUGCGGGUCUGUGUCAGGAGACGUGCAGCAGAGUUCUGCACAAGCUGCAGGGGAGGCCUGGCUAAUCCCUACAUACAAAGAAUUGCAGUAAUCAAGACGAGCUGUGAUGAAAGCAUUGAUUAAUUUUUCCAGGUCAGAUCUUGAUUAAAUGGGCUUCACCUUCGCUAUUUGACGUAGCUGAUAAAAACUUUUUUGCACCACUCUGCUGAUCUGCUUCUCAAAUUUAAAAUCAGGGUCAAACUUAACUCCCAGAUUAGUGACGACAUCCUUCAGAUAGGGUGAGAGGGAGCCUAGGUCGAUGUUGGGGGUGGUGGCCCCCACUUGGUCCAAACAACAUUACUUCAGUCUUGUUCUCAUUCAGACCGAGGAAGUUAAAAGAAAGCCGGCUUCAAUGUCCUUAAGGCAGUCUGUGAGUUGCUGGACUCAGUCAGAGUUGUUCUGUGCCGGUGGACAAUAGAUCUGGCAAUCAUCGGCAUAAAAAUGAAAGGAGAUGCCAUGUUUCCUAAAAACGGAGCCAAGGGGGAGUAGAUAAAAAGCAAAUAAAAGAGGGCCGAGGGUUGAGCCCUGGGGGACCCCAUGUGGAAGAGGAGCUGUUGACGACACAGAGUUGUCGAGUUUAAUGCAGAAACUUCUGUCAGUUAAGUAUGACCGGAAUGAGUCUAGGGCGACACCCUUAAUGCCGACACAGUGCUCCAGGUGAGAGAUUAAAAUGCUGUGGUCAACUGUGUUAAAUGCAGCAGACAGAUCUAGGAGCACUUGGACAACAAACAAAGAUGGGUCUGAAACUGGCACAGAGGGAUGGGUUGAGGCCUAUUUUUUUAAAGUAGAGUUUUAGUAGUUUGUAGUAGAGUAGAAAAGGCAACUAUAUGAAAAAGUGAUCAUAUCUUUAGAAAAAAUAAUUGGGAAGUGAUACUUCUGUGUUUAUUCAGAAUUGUGGAUUGUCCGACCCCAAGAAGUGACCCUUAAAUCUUACACGAAGACUGAAUAAAGUGGAGCGUAAACUGUAGUGUAAUAUGAAGAAUUUUACCACACCUAUCAGACAAAAAAGUGUUAUACUUUUCAUUUUAAGCUUUUACACAAAUGAUUACAUAAACAAAUGACAGUGGUAAGUGGUGUUGUGGUUGUUCUUGUGUUAGCUGAUAGUUUUUAUUUGCAGGCUGUGUGUGUACAUGAGUAUAUCUAUUGAUUAGCCAUAGCAAGCAGCGUUAUGUUAGCAAGGUUACGAUCCACUCUUAGUUUUCCGGGUCUUUACCAACCAUGCAAACGACUAAAGUCACUCGAGCUUUGGGAAAAGAAUAUGGGACUUUGUGGUUGUAGUGACGCGUUGCGGCUCAACGUUUUAGUUUCCAUGGUUACAGGACCUCCGUGUCUGUGAAUUUCUGGACCCACCUCCAAAUAAGACUCCAUGGAGAAAACCAUGUUAAUGAUCACUGUCUCGAAUAUUGAGUGAUUUUUAUUGGGUAAAUUUGGGCGGGAGGUCGGGGGGUCUCACCUUUUUGUUUAAUGCAAUCGCAAAUGUACACAAAAAUGUUUUUACAUAAAUUUGUUUUUAAACUUCCCAAACUCAGUGUAUGCAUAGAAAAUGGUACACUUUUUCAAGAAGAGGUCUCUUUUUGGUUUUAUAAGUAGUUCCUCAAACUUUAAGUAGUUUCUUGUCAUUUUGACAUUAUUUUAAGGCUGGACCUGGUCUGCCAGCCAACAUGCUGUCAAAGAUGACAUGGACCUGCUGGCGAGCAGCUCAGAGCGAGAACUGUGCUUCAAUGACAGCACUGAAAAGAGAGCUCGAAGACUGAGCUUGGAUUCCCAUUUGGACAGACCAAUGGAGGCCACACACAGGAGGGUGGUGAGGUGGUUUACAGACAAUCCUACAGCCCCCUUUGGGAUUCACAGCCUAGUGGAGUUGGGAAAAAGCUCAGGGAAGAAGGCUGGAGACUGGUAUGGACCAUCCAUUGUUGCUCAUAUCCUUAGGUGAGACUUGAGGUUAUAAUUUAUCCAUCCAGUUUACCCUACCGCCUAUGAGUUAUAUUUAAAAUCAAGAUAUGCAUUUUCUUAUUUUCAGGAAAGCUGUAGCAGCAUCUGCAGAUGUUCCCAAUCUAGUCGUGUAUGUUGCACAAGAUUGCACAAGUGAGUGAUUUCUGUCAUCAGUGUUUGAUCUCUCAGAAACUGUUUCCCCCAAGUUGUUCCGUCUAUUUGUGCUCAUCUCACUCAGGGUGUGUGUUAAUAUCAUAUGUAAAUAGAGCCUCCGCUUCUCCUCUGUGUGUUUUCAGUCUAUUUAGAGGAUGUGAAGCGGCUUUGUGAGCGACCAGCCCCUCAGUCCUGGAAGUCAGUCAUCGUCCUUGUUCCUGUGCGACUUGGAGGGCAGGAUCUCAAUCCCUCCUACAUCACAUGUGUCAAAGUACCUCCUCAGUAUUUUUUUUUUAAUUCAGUAUCUGUACACACUUUCUAGUAGUGUGACUCUGUAUUAAAAGAUGUCAACAAGGUUUUGUCUAGCUGUAUAAAAAGCUGUGUAUAUAGUGAAAAACAGUGAAACCACCAAUGAAAGCAUGAGUGUCUCUCAGGAUUAUCCUCCUCCACAGAAACUCCUGACAUUAGAAAGCUGUAUUGGAAUCAUUGGAGGGAAACCAAAGCACUCUUUGUUCUUUGUCGGCUUCCAGGGUACGUGCAGUGUAGAGUAUAAUUAACCUGCCUGAACUGAUUGAUGUCUGCCCUUUGACAGUUUUUUCUCCUCUUUUAAAGAUGACCAUCUGCUGUACUUGGACCCUCACUACUGUCAGCCCACUGUGGACACAAAGAAACUGAACUUUUCUUUAGAGGUAAGAGGAAGUCACCUGCUUUCUCUUUCAGUUGCGCUUCCUCCUGAAACAGCUGUGCUCACCAGGGGUGUGUUCAAAAAGUGGCCUGGGGUGGCACAUGCCCUUUUUUGAGAUCUGAUUGGCCAUCACAGGUGACACUCUAAAAGUCAAGUCAGAUGAAGUCAACCUUAAUUUAUAGUGUACAUAUAAAAACAACAGGUUUAGACUGGAGCGCUUUUCGAGGUCAGAGCAGAAGAAUAAAUAAAAUCCUGAACUGUGAUUGGCUACUUGUUUUGUUUGAGGCAAGUUAAAAUCUGCUGUUUUUAUAUGGUAUAUUGUAGCGCUUCACAAAAGAACAGCCAGAAAAAGCAAUGGCUAAAAUAAUGAAAGGCUGAAACAUCAUCCACACAAACACAACGACAGAUCCUGACAGAUUUCAUAGUUUGUUCUCACGGUGGAAAAAAAAAUGUUUUAUGGUGGGGGGUUCCUUUUAAAGCACCAUCAGCUUGUCAUGGCUGCCAAAAGGUUUUUUUAUUUGGAAGUUACUUUCAACUAUCAGUGAAAACGAAUCUGCUCAUAGUUAUCUAGUUUCUGCACACCUUCAGUUCAGAGCCUUUAUCCUGAGAUUUAACAGCGAAACACUGUUUUUAAUUUUUUGCACUGAUGGACCUCCCACACAGUUAUCCUUUUCAUGUGUUACUAACUACUGAAUUUCCUUGUACCAGCAUCUGAGCGGGAAUGACUGAUUAAACCAGCUCAGUAUCAGUGUUUAAUUCCUGCUUUUAUUUUCUCAGAUUCUAAUGAGACGAACUUCUUUUGCAGUCAUUCCACUGUAAAUAUCCCAGGAAAAUGUCUUUCACCCGUAUGGAUCCCAGCUGCACCAUUGGAUUCUACGCUAAAGGCCAAAAGGACUUUGAAGCUAUGUGUACAGCUGUUAAUGAGGUAUGUGACCGGUUUAUUUGGACCUAUAUUCAUGGCACUGACCCAGACUCCAGCAUGGAAUUGGAAAUAUACAUAGACUGUAUAUACUAUGGACAACUUGGUUCCACCUCCCGCUUGUAUACGGAUUUGAAGCCAAAAAGCUCUCUGUAUUUCCAGGAUUUUUCUUCAUUUCCUGAAACCAGCGCUGUGCAGUAGCGUUGUACGUAUUCGGUGGGAGAGUCGCUGAGAGUCGCUGUGAUGACGCUCGGCUCAAACAGCGUAUCCCCCUGGGAGAGCUACGCAAUCCCUGAACGCCCAUAGGCUGAAUCAGGUGUCAAUCAAAGAAAACAUGAACCCCCUAAUAACUUUUAAAAACGGAGCUGUACAGAAAAAAGAGGACUUGAGCACAAACCAGUCUUACUAUAACUACAUGUCAACACCGCAAGCGGGGGGGAGAAAAAUGUAUAUUCUGUGUAAUAAAUUUCUAAAGUUUGUUCAUAGCUCCAUACGCUUUGCUGGCGAAGGUGGGAUUUAUGACCUAUACUGCAGCCUGUCACCAGAGGGUGCUGUUCUCAGAGUGGUUUCAUCCAGCAAGAAGACAGAUGCUGUCCAUUCUUUAUACAGUCUAUGGAAAUAUGUAGAGGAGGACUUUUCUAAUCCCAAUUCAAUUUCUUUUUUCCAUCAUGUACUAAAAUUUACACAAGGCAACCUUGAUCCUGAGUCUUACUGUGAUUAAACCCUCUUUAAAACAACAUUGUGCACCUGAAAGGAUCUAUUUUGACGAAUGUAUGAAGUUAUGAUGACAGUAUCUGUCUCUUACAAGCUUAAAAUUUGUAAAAAAUUCAUGAAGACCUGACCGCUGAUUUAACAUAAUACUCAUGAAAAAGUUUGUAAAAAUGGCUUUGAAAAGUCUCUGAAUUGGUUGUAAUUUCUCCUGUAGGCCCUCUCCACUUCUGCAGAGACGUACCCCAUGUUUAUUUUUGUUGAAGGCAAAAGUCAGGAGGAAGAGGACGCUCGCAUCAUAUCCACAAACAAUAUCACCUACAUCCAGAGGGAGAGUGAACGCGAAAAAAUGGUCACGAGCAACAGCAUGGACGAGUUUGUUCUUUUGUGAUCAUGAAGAAAUCAACUCUAAGCACUGAGAGUCACGCUCAAAUCAACAAUUACUCUCAAAUGUGAGAGGUGAACUGCUACUGAACAUGAGAGCAGUCCUGAACAUCCAGAAGAAGUAGCAUUAGAGACUUCGCUGUUAUGAAGUAGUCACAGUCUGUUAAUGAAGCUGAAUUUUAAGUCUUGAGCUCAUUUAUAUUUUUAUUUAUUGUUAUAAGAGGAUUGUGACAUUAAAAAUCUCAGCCUGUUCACAUUUAGAUGUUAAACCUCACAUAUUCUUUUCAUUUAGACGUGUUAAAGUCAUAAAUAGCAUAGAAAGUCAUUUCCCAGGGACCAGCUAAAGACAAGUGUUAACACAAGAAACACAGCCUCCCACUGUUUUCAUGUCAUGUUACAGGAUGUUGCUGCCUUUCAGCAGACCAGAAAAUUAGAUCUUUGUAAACACGUGAAUCACAUGAGAAGCACAGAACAAAACCCACCCGGAGAGGAUCUUAAAUAUAGUAACUGUGCUCUUGCUGGCAAAGAACAAAAUGUGCAGAGAAUAUUUUCAUAAGCUGGGAUGUUUUUUGCUGGUUUAAAUGUAAAUAAACAGUUUGUAGAGUUUGUAGAUUAAAAAAAAAAAGCUCCACAGUCA